UGUACUAUCACAAUACAUUUUUUAUAUUUAAAAGCUAUUAUUCGUGCUACUAAUUAAUGGAUUUAUUUUAAUUAAUUUAUUUUUAUGAAAUCGACUAAUGGAAGAUUUGAUAAAUGAAAUCAAUUCCCUAAGGGAAAAACACCGAGAACAGACAAUAGUCCACUCACAACUUUUAACUCAACAGAAUGAGUCUACAGCUGCCCUAAACGAGAUAAAACUAGUGGAAGAUGAUACAAAAAUUUUCAAGGCAACUGGACCGAUUUUAACAUCUCAGACAAAGGAAGAUGCAGUGAGCACAAUCUCAAAGCGUUUAGAAUAUAUUAACACUGAAAUAGAAACUGUUGACAAGUCAAUUACAACACUGCAGUCUAAAAUUGAGGAGAAAUGUAAAAAGCUUGAGGCACUAAAGGCCAAAAACACUCCCACCGUACCUGCUAGCACAUAACGCAUUUAAUUUACAUUAUGUUUUACAA